AUGCAUGAAAGGAUUCAUUCAUACGGAACCGCUUCGGGUGGUGCGCUCGACAAUUUUGCUAGGCGUACGCCGGAUGAAAAGAACUCCACCGAUAUUACUGCGCAUAAUAGUAAAACGCUUAAAGGACGUGAUCGUAUCGUAAACAACGCGGUGGCUAAUUGCAUAGUUGGUAUAUUUGCUGCAGCUGAACAAACUGUCGGGGCAAUCACAUUACAAGACUACCGCUCUGCGCUGCACACGCCGAGGAGAUUGGCCGAGGAGAGGAACAAUAUUUGCUCGACGCUACCGGUAAAGACGACCCGAAUGGCG